GGAAGUUGUAGCCCUUAAGUGAACGUGAAGUCGGGCAGUGUCUCGCAGAGCGGCGCCAGGCUCGUUCUGACCGGAGCUUUGGGUUUUGCGGUACAGGUUCGUUUCUGUAGCGCCUCGGGAGGAUCGCUUCCAGACCGAAACCUACAACAGCGGGAGCUCGUCGUCGGUGAGAGUGGGGUUGUUUUGAGGUCUGAUGACGUCUACGAUGAGGCCGUAACCGAAGCUUUUCUUGAGUUCGGUCCUGAUUGUCGACAGAAUGGCCACCGCUAAGAAAGCAGCGUCUAAGACGGGAGGCGUUCGCUUCGCCGAGGAACCCGCUGCGUCCGCCGCCGCUCACUCUCAUGUGCAUUUUGACGAGAAACUGCACGACUCUGUCGUCAUGGUGAUACCAGAAUCAAACGGGAACUUCCUGGUUAAGGUGGGGUUCCUGAAAACGCAGCACCGAUACGAGAUUGUGUUCACGCUGCCGGAGAUGGCAGGUCUCGGGAAAGACGUGUGUCCAGCCCCUAUCCCCAAUCCACACCUCCGCAUCACCAACAUAACGCCGUCCUCAGACGGAGGUCUGAGGGUGACGUGUGAAUAUAUGGCCCAUCAGGAAGGAGUGAUGUGCGAGGAGGUGCAGAUCCUUAGCGAGAGCAAAGAGGAUGCAGGUGUGAAGGUUAAAGUUCAUGCUCGUGUCAUGGACCGUCACCACGGGACUCCCAUGCUGCUGGAAGGCGUUCGCUGCAUAGGAGCAGAACUGGAGUACGACUCCGAGCAGAGCGACUGGCAAGGCUUCGACUAAACGUCCCAACCAGUGCCACACAUCUCGGCGUCGGCAGCCACAGAACAACCCAGAACCCGGCGUCGCCGCUCUCCGCCCGCGGCGUUCGGAAGCGAACCGCGGCCGCUAGCUUGUUUGUACCGUUACAACGGAAUGCGGGAAUGAUCUGUCGUUUACUGUAGCUCUCUGUGAUUUGUCGGUUUUUUUUCAGGUUUGGAUUAAAAAAAACCAAUCAAAUAGCGUGCGUUUGCUCUAACUGAGUUUCAGUGCUAUGACUGAAUGUUUCUUUUAGAUAAAUAUAUAUAUAUAAUAUGCUCUGAUGUCCGUGUUUCUGCACUUUCUCGCUCCAAUCUGAUGUGAUUAAGGUUUUUGAACUAAUGUUAGGAGUGAUGCUUGUCCUCACUGUGAAUCAGACUCUUAUUUAAACCAGUGGGAGGCGCUGCCCACCGCAGAAACAAUCUUUCUUACACCUUACAACAUUUCUGUUGGCAUCUUAGCUUUAAAGUUUGAACGUUUUAAAUCAUCAGUAGUGAAAUGAAUGUGAUGGUAAUAUACUCAAUCGUUUAGAUCCAGCAUUUUUAUUUUUUUGUCUGCCCUGAUAGAUUUUUUAAUGAGAUCAUCAGUUUAAGGGCUGUUCAUUCAUUUUUAUUUUAUUUUCUUUGUGCAUUACGUUGGUGUUUUCUCGAGCCAAAGUGCCUAAAAUCACGUCCGUUGUUAGUUUAUUUGAUCGAAGCCAGCAUGUAAAUCGAGCCAUUACGCAUUGAAUGUUGGCAGCCUUAUUCCAGCAUAGUAUUGUAUGUUUAUCCUUAACUCCAUAUGACUGCUUUUAUGAGGUCUCCGGAUCUCUGUGCAAGUUAAAUGUUGUCCUUUCGAAAUAACGUCUACCAGAGCAAAUGAUUUUGAUGGUUUUCACUGUUGACGGCUUGUUUCUGUCUCUUACUGUAAUUUUUUUUUAUUCUCAAGCAAAUAAAAUUCCCUUCUUGUUUCAAAA